GCCAUGGCCAGAAGUGUUCCAGCAAAUGCAGCUUGCUUCUUGGCAUAUGAGAUGGAAAAUAUGGGAGGAGAAGAGAGUUUAUCAGUAGGAAGCAGCCAUAUUUCUUCAACAAUAGUGGAGGGACAAUACAUGCCUUUGAAUGUGGCAGCCCAGCAGGUCCACUCCAAAGGUUCACUGCUAGAUCGCAUUACAUUUCUUGAAGAACGACUUGUUCAGCUACGUUUGGAGAUUGAAUCACCCAGAACAUUGAGAACUUCGGCCAUGCACAUGUCUUUGACAGCAUCUUCUAGCUUUGGAUCCAAAAGAGAACUUCUUUGUUCAUACCCAACUUUCAACAAUGCAAAUCCUCCAAGCAAACGAAUGCCUCAAAUCCAUAUUAAUAGGGGUGAAUUGCAGAGGAAAUUUUAUAGACCACAGCAAAGGCAGAAGCAACCAAAUACAAAGAAACAGGAACUUGAGAACAAUAGGGAUGACAAAACAUGCAGAAAUGGGAAGAACACAAAGCCUUCAAGUUGGCCACACAUGAGAUUAUUGGGUUGCUAGUCCCACUCCAUUUUCACCCUUUUGACUUGGUUCAUGGAUCUCUCCCCCACUCUGCUCCUUUAACUAUAUAUGUUAGGGUAUAAGCAUAUAUAUAUAUAUAUAUAUAUAUAUAGGGGUAAUUGGACUUUCAAACUUUUUUU